UUUCUUUCUCCCCUUUUUCCUCCAAGCCGCCGCUGCCAGCAUCUCUUCUUCUUCCUCUUUUCUUCUUCCUCCCGAAGCCAGCUUCCCUUGCCUGAUCUCCCCGCUGCCUCCUCCCAUGGCCGGUCGCCCUCGCUCCCCGUGCCUCGCCGUGCGCCCUCCUCUCCCCGCACCCUCUCUCUCCCGGCUGCUGCUCGUGCCGCAAGCCUCACGCGCGCCACCACCUGCCGCUCGCCCGAGCUCCCUCUUCCCGUCGACCCCUGCCGUCGCCUCCACCGGCGCCUCCCCUUCCACUGAGCGCCGCCUGCCUUGCUCCCUUGUCCGCCUCCACGUGCGCCGCCCGUCCAGCCAUCUUGCCCGCGGCUCUCCACCACGCCGGCGACCACCUGCCCGCGCGCGCCAUGCCGCCUCUCCCCGUCAUCCGCAACCACCUCGCCGGCCGCUCCGCCUCCCUCUUCCGAGCGCCUCCAUCUCCCCUGCGCUGCCCUCGCCUGCUGCUCGCUGCUGGGUGCCACCGGCCGCAGGCCCGAAGCAGCUCCCUCCUCCUUGGCCCAUCUUCUCCAGCCCGCAGACCCAAGACAAGCAGGCCCGUGCCCUCUUUCCCUUGUUGUUUUUCUUUCUUUUUCCUGAAAUUGCUGCCUGACGUGUGGGCCCUGCUGGUCAGCGCCUCCGUGUCCUUGCUGUGUGCUACUGUUCGCUUGUCAUCGCUCCGUGUCGAGUUGCCUCGGUGCUGCGUCCACAUGUGGCUGCUGCCGCACUUCGUCGACACCGAGGAGACCAACAUCGCCUCGAACCCCGGAGACGGAGCCAUGAACAACUACGACCACGACAAAUGAACGACUACAUCGUGUACCCGACUACGACGACUACAUGUACGACUACCUCGAUAUACGUCGACUACUUCCUCUACAACGCGACGCCGCACGUGUCCAAGUCUUCGGUUCCGACGACGACUAUGCUUGUGUUCUUCUUCCAGCAUUCUUGCUCAAUUCCGGGCAAUUGAGUACUUCAGUGGGCCUGCCUAGCUCUCCUGUGUCCGAUGUUGAGAACUUUGAGAGUUGGAGGAGCACCCAUGGAGAUUGGAACCGGAAUGAUGGUCAUCUUCCCUCUCCGGUGCGUGGUGAUGAAGAAGAUGAGGAUGACGAUGAUGAAGUGCCUGUUGCCGAGGGAAGUGAAGAGGAGGCCGAGGAAGUCACUGAUGAUGAUUUCUCCGAGUGAUGUGUUUGUUUCUCUCUUGAUAUGAUUCUUCCCUUUUUGGUGUCUUGAUGCCAAAGGGGGGGAGUGUAGUUUUGAGGAAGAGUUUAGGGCCUCGAGGAUUUGCAUGGUUUAGUCACAAGCUCAUUCUUAGUGAUGGAGUUUUUAUAUGCUUGUGCUACUUAUCUAGUUUGUUGAACUAUCUUGUUUGAUAAGUGUAACAUCCCAAAAUUUCAAACCUGUACA